AUGUCGGCGAGAACAUCCUUCCAAAGCUCCGCUUCUGCCAUAAAUCCGCCUCCCUCUUCCACCGCAGUCGUGCCAACCCUAAAUGCACUCUCAGAUCCCGUUGUCUGUCAGAUAGACGGGCCGACCAUGGAUUAUCUCUUGAUCGAAGUAGUCAACGCCCUUCGCGCAUCCUCCGUCGUGGCCGCAAAUCGUGCGAGGAAAAUAGAGCAUGAAAUGAUUGAAGCUGGUUUGAUCCCAGCUCCUGUUCCCGUCCUGCCGGUUUCAAAGGAUGCGCCGAGAGAUUCGGUUCGGAGCAAUGUGUCCCGCGGCUCCAAGGCAGCUGGAGAGGACGAUGAAGAGGCCGUACAGGUCCGUCUGGAAGCAAUAGGUAUGCAUGUCGGUGCAAAUUUAACUGAGCGACUGUGCCACGACCGUCCACUGUUCUCCGAUACACUGGAUGCCGUGAAGUUCAUUUGCAAAGAUCUUUGGGCGGCGUGCUGGGACAAACAGGUGGAUAAUCUACGGACGAAUCACAGAGGAAUUUAUGUACUUCAAGACAAUGCAUUCAAGCCAAUCUCGCGUAUCUCUGGAUGGGAGGGCCGUGAAGAUGCACAGAAGAAAGCCAAGCUAUAUGUCGCCAUGCCCGCAGGUAUCAUACGAGGCGCACUGUCCAGGUUAGGUUUCCAGAGUGCCGUAGUGCCGGAAGUAACAGCAUUACCACAAUGCACAUUUCAGCUCAAGCUUCCGAAAACAGCAUGA